AUGGCAACAAAAGAUUCAUCGGACUCUGAACCAUUUCAGGAGUCUGGUUCGGAAUUCGUGCUUUCCGAUGAAGAAUCAGCAGACGUGCCUUUCGAUGAAGAAUCAGCAGACGAACCUUUCGUUACUGACCCACCAACACCCUCCAGGGAUGUUAAGAGUAGAAAGCGAGUUCGCAAUGAAAAAAAGUGGAGGAGAAGUGUUGCCAAGAAAAAACGAUGUGCCGGUGAAGAGUAUAGAACCAGAUCCAAUAGAGUUGUUCCUGCAAAGACUUUCAGUCCAUGUGUAUGCGGUUGUAAACAUCACUGUAACAAUUUGAUUCCUGAGGAACGUCAAAGGGCUUUGCAUCAGUACUUCUAUUCAUUGGAAAACUUUGAUUUUCAAACCGCGCAUCUGUUUUCCUUAAUCAAAGUUAAAAAUAAAUUGCGCACGUACACUGGAAAUCCACAGAGCAGAAGGAAUAAGACGAGAAUCUUCCUACUACCAGACGAAAAUGGUGCAGAGCGAAAAGUCUGCAAAAAAUUUUUUCAAGCUGUAUAUCAGGCAUCAAAUGAAGAGCAGAAAAAACAUCUUGAAGUAGAUCUAGAACUCCAUCAGAGGAAGGCAAAAGCAGCAAGGGAUGGCCUGAAACAUGAUAUUCAACGGGCGAAAAAUAAUGAAGUUUCUGUAAUAUGUUUCGAUUUAAUGAAAACAUUACCGACACCAGUCUUAACGACUGGAAUUUGUUAUUAUAAGAGGCAAUUAUGGACUUAUUGUUUCAACGUCCAUGACAUGGGCACUGAUAAUUCCUAUAUCUGGGACGAAACCCUCGCAUCUCGGGGAACCCAAGAGAUCGGUUCCUGCCUGUUGCAUUACAUAAAGAAUUCCCAAAAAUCAAGAAAAUUAAUCAUGUAUUCGGAUCAGUGUGGGGGCCAGAAUCGUAAUAAAAAACUGUCGCUGCUCUGUAAUUUCAUUACGGCAUCUCCAGAUUUUAUUGUUGAUGAAAUUGAUCAUAAAUUUCUGGUCAGUGGCCAUUCCUAUCUCUCUUGUGAUCAAGAUUUCGGUCUUAUUGAGAAAGAGAAAAAAUUUCAUCCACACAUUUUUGUACCUUCAGAUUGGAUUUCGGUCAUAGAAAAUGCUAGGAAGAAAAAUCCGUUUGAGGUGGAAUGGCUGAAAAUCCAAUGGUUACGGUUUAACAAAAAAUCUCCUGAUAAAAUUCAAUAUAAAUAUUCGAAUAACGAAGAUAUUCCUCUUGAAACUGUCGAUAUACGUAAACGAGGAUCACGUUCGACAGAACUUACUACACUUCCACUACUGUACCCCAAGGGUAAUGUAAUUAAUGAGGCCAAAAAGAAAGAUUUGCUUCAACUAAUUGAAUUUAUUCCACCCGUACAUCAUGACUUCUACAGAAACAUUAGAGCAUCGGUCCAGGCGUCAGGUGGAGAGUUACUUGACGAAGAAGAUGAAGAUUAA